AUGACCUGUCAGGUUGUUCUGAGCGCCCUCGUGGCAUGCGCCUCUGCUGGAGGUCUUGGAGGUGGCUACAGUCUCGGACACGGAGGCUACGGCGGCGGCUAUGGUGGCGGCCUGGGCGGUCUCGGAGGUUUCGGGGGCGGCCUCGGUUUCGGGGGUGGACUAGGAGGUGGUCUCGGUGGUGGCCUCGGUUUCGGAGGCGGACUAGGAGGUGGUCUCGGAGGAGGUCUUGGCGGUGGCGUUCAAGUCGGCAUCGGUGGCGCACUCGUCGGCGGCGGCGUUUCCAGCGGACCACAACUCGUCGGCGUCGGCCCAGCCGUUGUCGCCCCACUUGCCACCCUCUCCGUUGUCAAGCAGCCAGUCGUCAAGCAGCUUUACCACAGCCGCAAAGUUGUGCAGCAUGUCCAGGUUCCAGUGACCACUGUCUCCCAGAACAUCAGGCCCGUUGUACUGAACCACGGUGGUGCCGGAUUCGGUGGUGGAUUCGGCGGCGCCGGUGUCGGCGGUGGAUUCGGCGGCGCCGGUAUCGGCGGUGGAUUCGGAGGUGCCGGUUUCGGUGGCGGUUUCGGCGGCGCCGGUCUCAAGGGUGGUUACGGUCUAGGAGGAGGAUACGGCAAGGGAUGGCACUAG